AUGAAUUACAGAAAAAGUGAGAACACUGCAGAUCUAAUUGACAGUAUAAUAAACAGUGAAAAUGGGAAAGUUCAAAAGUAUGUUUUGGAAAGAAAAAGAAAAGAAAAGGAAUUUCUGGAAAAAAAGGAAAACAUUAAAAAAAAAACUUUAAUGGCUCCAAAGCUUAAUCAAAUGUUUAUUAAAAAUAAAAAUGAAGAUGAUAAAUUAAUCAGCGAAACUGUUGGUUUAAGGACAGUUCACGAGUAUAAAAAAAUCAAGAGUGGAAUUUAUGGUAAGGAACAGGAUAACCACUUAAUUACAAAUAUCAAAGAAGACAAGGACAGCAAAAAGAAAAACUUCAAAUUGUCUUUUUGCUCCGAUGAUGAAGAAAAUGAAAAUGAUCAAGAGGAAGAUGAAGAAAAUGGAGAUUAUUUCAAUGGAAAUGGUAACAAUGACGAUGUCAAUAAGGAACAGAGAACCCACAUUGAUAAAGGGGCAUUAGGAGAAAAAACACCACAAGGAGAAGAAAAUGAUACUUCAGGAAAUUCAACUCUUCACUCUGACAUUUUUGGUGAUAACAAAAAUAACAAAAAAUGUUUAGAUAAAAAUACACAAAAUAAUGAUACACGAACAGAACAUGAAAAAUGUAUACAGUUUAAAAAAAUUAUGAAAGACCCAACUGUAAAUACUUCCUUUUUAAAAGACAAAGACCGAGAUGAACAAAUAGAAUUGCGAAAAAAAGAGUUAAGAGAAUUAUAUUUUAAAUUAGAGAAUGAACAGAAGGAAAAAGUUAUUGAAAUAACAUAUUCAUACUAUGACGGUAGUGGUCAUAGAAGAAAAAUAUCAGUAAAACAAAAAACGACAAUAGGGCAAUUUAUAAAUAAAUGUGUUGAUAAUUUAAAAAGUGAAUUUAUUCAUUUAAGAUGGGCAUCUUGUGAAACCUUGAUUUUUGUGAAAGAAGAUAUUAUUCUUCCAAAUUAUUUAACCUUUUAUGAAUUAAUUAAAAAUAAAGCCCAAGGAAAAACGGGACCACUAUUUGCUUUUGAUGCUGUAGAAAAUUUAUCUGGUGUUGCAGACAUCAGAAAGGAAAAAACUGAUACACACGCAGGAAAGUUAGUAGAAAAAAAAUGGUAUGAAAAAAACAAGCACAUUUUUCCAGCGUCCAAGUGGGAAAUUUACAAACCCAUGAAAACAUAUUCAAUUAGCUACACAGAUUUGUUUAAUCAGUUUUCUUAG